GCAGCAACUUAAAGCUGCUAGGGCCAAUAAGCAUGCAAAGCAUGCAAAUUAUGAAAAUCUGGAUGACUAUAUUUGGUCGGAUAAUAAUAUUGAUGAAAGGUCUUCUGAUUAUUUUGCUGUUUUAUUGAUAGCAGCGGAACUAAAGAAGGCUGUACAAAAUACUCGACCUAUCACUGCAUACUUACCUCCUGCCUUAACAUCUUCUAACGUUGCCUCGGCUUCGACUUCUACUUUUGGAUUGUCAACAGAAUUAUAUGCGCCAACUGAAGUAGAAUCAAUAGGAAGUGAAUCAAUAGAGGUGGAAUCAAUUGAGGUAGAAUUGGUGGAAUCAAUGGAGGUGAAAUUAGUGGAAUCAAUGGAGGCGAAAUUGGUGGAAUCAAUAGAGACAGAAUUGGUAGAAUCAAUUGAGACGGAAUUAGUGGAAUCAUUGAAGGUGGAAUUGGUGGAAUCAAUGGAGGUAGAAUUGGUGGAACCAACAGCAGAUGCAUCAGCUGAAAUUGAUGAGAAAACAACAAUGAGGUUAGCAAUUGAGGAGCUAGAUGGUUUAUUAAAAAAAAAUGACAAUCAAAUAGAUAAAGGUGUAAGG